AUGACCUCCUCUAAGUGGCCUCCCUUUAAGACCCUUCAGAAGUGGAAGGAAUGCAUCUGCAACGACAAAAAAGAGAUAUCGUACAGGGAAGAAGAGGACAUCGGUGAUACAGAAAUACAUAAAAAACACAUACAAAGAGAUAUCAACCAUGUCUGGCGAGGUGUCAAAUCAGACUGCCUAGCUUGUAAGGGCUUUAGGGAGGGGCAGCCCCGACCCUUUAAGAAAAGGAAGCUCGAAAAAGGAUCCCUGCAGCCAAUAACAGGCAUAAGAACCCAGGGGCCAGCAGACGAGGCUAUUAGCCCUAUGGAUAUCUCCCCCGGUGUGACGUUCAAGAGCAGACGCAGUGGUCUAAGGUGGAGGCGUUUGUUCGGCCACGAGCGGCAAUUCUCCGAGAUAUGGUGA